UUUGCAUUGGUAAAUUGUAUGGAUUGUAGAGGUUAUUUUCUUUUGUAACAAUAAUAGUAUCAAAAAUAAACAAAAAUGCCUUUCAUGAAAGGAAGAGCUCCUAUCCGGCGAACACUUAAUUACCUAAACGCUGGCAAGUUAGUAUUCAAGGAUAAAAUAAAAAUUUUCUCCGUCGCAUACAACAUAAUCGGUCAAAACAAUACAGGCGCAAAAGAGUUCGUUUUCUGGUAUCUUCCGCAAAUACAGUACAAAAAUCCAAACGUACAAGUGGCUACAUUAAAGAACUUAACACCGACGCCGUUCAUAAAGUGUUAUUUUGAAGAUGGAAGGCAAAUUUUGGUGGACAUAGACAACAAAUCAAAGGAGGAUAUUCUAGACCAUUUAUUGAAUACUGUUGGGAAGUCGAAGGAGGUUUUAGAGGCUGAGUCGAUUGCUGCUGAAAAGAAAGACAAUCCAGCUAACUUCGGCGUUGGUUGCGAAAGACCUUGCAUCUGUGAAGUCUAUGGACAAGUACCGUGUCCGGGAGUGAUACCUUUACCAAAGGUUAUGCGCGGCAAAUACAAGAACCCAGCUAAUUAAUUGAUAUAAUUAUUGUAGUUAAUUGUGUAGGUAUGUAAAUAAUAAUUACUUAUUAAUAAAGUAUUGCCUUAUGGAAAUGAA